GGUGAUCUCCAUUAGGCGAAAGCUUUUUAUAUGUCUACAACCACUUGAACAAUUUUGAGAUUGAAAGACCUUGGUUUGCUAAUGAAUUUACCCAAGAAACCAAUAUUUUUAAAUGACUUUUCGUAAAAUAGUUCCAUGUUUCAUUCGAUCGUACCAAGACGCCAUACAUGAACUUAACAAAUCUAUUAAACCGUCGAAUUAUUUAACACCGUCAAAUCCAAGGCUUUUGAAAGAGCAAAGGUAUGGGUUGUCCGCUGUUUAUUGCUCUGCUGUUGGAAUUGAAGAUCAGCAACUACGUGACUUACAUAUUAUACAUGUCACAGGGUCUAAAGGCAAAGGUUCAGUUUGUUCAAUGAUUGAAAAUAUUUUACGGCAAUCCGGAUUUCGCACUGGUUUUUUAAGCUCUCCUCACCUCAUAAAUGUUGAGGAAAGAAUACGGAUAAAUGGACGACCCAUAUCUCGUGAUCACUUUGCUAGUUUAUUUUGGGAUGUGCGUGGGACACUUCUUGAGUUUACAAAAACCUCUAAUAAUAUACCUAUGCCAUCGUUUCUUCAUUACAUUUUUGUAAUGGCUUGUAAAGCGUUUAUUGAUGAGAAAGUAGAUGUCGGGAUUUUCGAAGUUGGUAUCGGCGGACGCUAUGAUCAUACAAAUAUUUUCAAAGAUCCUUGCGUAACUGUUGUUACAAGUUUGGCACUGGAGCAUACAAAUGUUUUAGGCCAUACCAUUGCUGAAAUAGCUUGGGCUAAAGCUGGGAUUUUUAAGACUGGUUCCAUAGCAGUCGUCAGUCAUGGACAAUCAGAUGAAGCAAUUCAUAAGUUUAUUGAAGAAGCUGAACUUGUUAAGUGUCCUCUAUAUGUUGCACCUACAUUAGAUUCACUACUGACUACAGAGAAUAUGACUGAACCAAUUAAGAAUAUUUUGGACAAUAUGAAUACUAUACCUAAUAGCCAAUUAUUAAAUCUUGCUUUAAGUUUAACUACAGUAAAUUAUUGGCUUGCUAAAUUACAUGGAACUACUGAUAAUGGUAACGUUAAAAAUAUUGGUUAGUUAUUACAUUGUUUACUCCUUAAUUGUAUGUUCUUUUUUUAAAGGUUUUUUAUGCUGAUUAAUUGUAUUGUUAAAGUUUAGUCAUUCUCGUUUAUGAAAAUUUGUCCAUUUUUAAUGAUCAUUUUUACUGCAAACGGAAUCAUUAAAAGUCAAUGAUGCUAGAUGUUGAGAUGGUGCUAUAUAAUCUGACUUUUACCGACUUCCAUCACUUGCAUUGUGAACAAGAUGUUUGUUUACCGACCGACCAUACGUCAAGUAUUGUACACCUCAGUCCGCUCUCUACUAAUAUCCUGCUGCUACGAAAUAGCGUCUAUGAAAGUAGAUGUGUGUAGAUUUCAAGUAUUUGAUUGCACUUAUUUUCAAAACAAUCCUCGUAUAUUAUGUGACCACAUAGAGUUGAGUUCUGAGGAUAGGCUUAGAGUACUGACUAGUAACAGUAAGUCCAUUAAUAAAGCCUUUAUCAGCUGAGAUGGUUAGGACAUGCGUUACGCUAUGUUGACUUAACUAGGUUGAAAAAGUCAGAACAGGACAUCAGUUCAUUGAGUCACGCUUUUAAAAUAAUGUUUUAAACCUUGUCACGAAAUUACUUUUAAAUCAGUUACUUCCAUUAUAUUAACAGCAUAAACAAACUGUACAGCCAGAAAAAAUCCCUUGUACUGAACCGCGAAAAUAAUCAAAUAAUGAAGUUUUUCCCCUAAUUAGAUAUUUUGUCACAGAUUUUUUAUUAUGUCCAUAAAGUUAAAAAGGCAUAUAUUAAACACAUUCCAAUGAGCAAUAUGACAGACAAAUGUAACACAAUCUCCAAGCAUAGGUUUAGACACUCAAAUGUUUGUGUAACAAUUGAUGAUACUACUCCAUUGUCCAGACUGGAAUAGGUUAGAUUGCGAUUUGAACAUGCCACCUGGUGAUUGAAGAGCAAGCUGUCACUCCACAACAAUGGAAAAUAAGCUGGCAGGUGACGGUGUGCGGAUAUAGAAGGAGAUAUUAGUCGAUGAAUCAUACUGAACGUAUAUACUAGCAUAAUGUUUCCAUUGCCACUUUCUUGCUCCUCCUCAACGACUGUCAUAGUCGUCAACAGGCUAUGGUAGGUUAUUUUCGAGAAAUCACGUAAAACAUUCAGAAUUAGUUGAUUUUUGUUAUAUGCAUUCAAAAUAUUCAGUUGAUUCAUAGUAAAUCUUGUUACUCCUACUUUGUUGUGCAUGAUUUGGUUGCUUGCAGAACACUCGGAUAAUUAAACUAUGAUCCAAGUAUUGUAUCAAGUGUGUUAUGAAUUCCUCUCUUUAGAAAUUUCCUCCUUGUUAUUCUUCCACUUCCUGUUCCAGGUUUACAGCCGACAUCUGACUGGAAACCGAGUUCAACUGUUUUACUUAGUAAGUUUUCACUCUUUAAGAAAAACGAUAAAAUAUAUGUCAUGCUAUAACUUUAGGUGUUCAAAAGUGAUCGGGAGGUUUUCUGCUAUUUGUUACUCAUCAGCAAGAUGUGUUUGCUAUCUUCAUGUAAUAGAUUCUUGUCUAUGCGACUUUGGUUGCUAUUCAGUGACCGGUUUGUAUAAAUAUCUUAGUUCUACAGGAUAUCAGUCACAGCAUUGAUGACUCAGUGAUAACACUUGGUGAUGCCGGUUCGAAUUGCAUGAUGCUCAUUGAUUCGCGUCAAGAUUACACAUAUACGCCCUGAUUGUGUAGAGUUGCUGGUAACACGGAAACGAAAUCCAGGGUUUUCUACUAAUUUGACUUCCGAUCAUCUGACAUCCAAAGCAUAGUGCAUGCGAUAUUCAGUUACAUGCAUAACUGCCCACAUUGCAAACUGACGGUUCAAUUGUUGUGUAACCUAUAAUUGUAUCUACAGAAAGAAAAGCUACAUCAAUUCUAUUCGAGCCGUUUUUUGAUACAACUGGUUAGUAAUAGAUAUUGAGAUGUAAAGGGGAAUCGAUUUUCCUACUAAACACGUAGAUUGUAGUCGUCAAUUACCGUGACAACAAAAAGUUGUUAAGAAUUACGUGCAUAUAGUUCCAAUAUAAGUAGAACUACUACACAUAUAAUACAAAGUAAACUAACAAAAACCGGUCAUCUGUUUAUUGGGUAUGAUGAUAAUUUUUUGUUUAUAGACACAGAUUUCUUAUUACAAUAGUGAUUGUUUUUUUUUACUUACUUAUGCCUGUGUUGGGAUGAUCAUGCAAAUUUCUCGCAAUCGACAUGCCAAGCUCAUGAAACAUUAAGGAGCAUUUCAUCCAAUCAGCGUUUGAUUAGAAGUUAUGUUAGUAGCAUAGCGAAAAUGAAAAGUCACAUGUAGAGAUUCUGAUUGGCUGAUAACUACACUGCUACUAUGUUGAAUAGUAUUCUGGAAUUUUCAGUACAACCCAAAGACUUCUAAAAUACUAUAAAAACUCUAUAUUUUCUGUACAUAAAUGAACCUUGUAGUAAAGUGCUUCCCACAUGUUUUGUGCCUUUUCUCUCGUCUUCAAGUCGCUGUAUAAUUCUAGCUUGGCGGUUAUGAAACUAGCUUAGGAUCCGAAUAUAGCGUUCAAUCUACAAGACGUAUCAGCCUGUUACUCCCAAUGGAGCAUAGGCCGCCGAGCAGCAUUCUCCAACCCACUCUGUCCUGGGCCUUCUUUUCUAGUUCUAUCCAGUUUUUGUUCAUUCUUCUCAUGUCUGUCUCUAUUUCUCGGCGUAAUGUGUGAUAGUGAUUGUAGUACGUGAAAACUAGUAAGCCUACAAAAUCACAGGGAAGCAGUUAUUUUCCAUCUAUUUCAGUGAAUUAUUCCAACGUAUCACUUACACUGAUACAAAUCGCUAUAUACGUUUAAAUAUAGAAAUAAAUCACUAUAGUAAGAUCUUGUAAACGGGGUAGUUAACCUUAAACGUCAGCGAUAGCUGAAAUACCGUGCUUUCGAAUAUAACGGCCUAUAAUUACAUGAAGAGGUGUUUCGCUAUAAACAUUAAAAUGAUUUUGAGUCAGAAAUUAUGUAUAAAGAGGUCAAUAUUGCCUGAAGUUUGUAUGUGUCCAACCAGACAUAGCGGAAAACUGUUAAGACGAAGAUAUUUGUAGGAAGGAUGUCAACUAUCUGUUAAAUGUUAUUAUAAUAGCUAAUUAGCCUACAGGUUAAGCAAUAUGUAUAUUUACUGAGGGAUUUAUUUGUUUCAAAGAUGCUUUAUCCGCCCGAUGGCCUGGUCGAUGGCAAAUUGUAGUUCGAAAAAAUAUAACUUAUUAUCUGGAUGGUGCACAUACUGUAGAAAGUUUACAGUCUGCAAUAAAAUGGUUUCAGAAUAAGAGCUUUGCUUCAAAUAAUAGCAGGUAUGUUUCCGUACAUUUUUUCGAUGUUGAAUACCAUUUUUAUUCGUUUUAUUUACGAAAGUUUUUUCUUGCUCAUUUGCUUUACCCGCUGGUCGUCAUAAUCUAAUAUUUCAGUCAGUCAGUAAAUCAAACGCAACGUAGGGCCUGUUACGUGUGUAAAUUUGUCCAAGUUGCCAUACCCCAUUACCAUUACCACAAGGGGUUGAAAUUGUUGGAAUCUUAUUUUCCUUUUGUGACUUGACUAAUACCAUACUGCACAAUUAUCAUUGAUCAAUAUGAAUAACUCAGAGUGUCCAAACCAAGUUCAAAUCUAAUGGUUUGAAAAAUUCUGGGCAUUGGAUAAAUAAUGUGUGUUAUUAUUUGUAUUUUCCAAUAAGCGAAAAAAAACAAAAUCGUUUUUUCUGACUUCUUCCUAUUUACUGUUAAUAUCUUUAACAAAGUGAUAGUAGACCACAAUUUACGAAAAUCUCAGCCCAUUUAUAUGCUAACUUGGUCUAAAUUCUUCUAUAUGAAGUAGUUCUGAAUUGUUAAAUAAGUAAAUGAAUUCAUAAAGAUAAGAAGUGAGUGUAUGUUGCUAAAUUUAAUCCUUACACCCCAAAACUACAAAGCUAUUGGUUAUCUCCAGCCUUUUGAAAAAAACACAUUGAUAACAAAUG